UGUGUAAUGUAGGAUGGAGCUAUCCACACCAAUAAUUAUUUACUAACAUCUACCGGUGCUGUCUGAGCACGAAAACGAGGCUUGACGCGCAGGAGGUUGCGCAGGCGCAGGAAGUAAAACGCGCGUAAUGUGGUUGUGUUGAAUGUGUGAGGGCAGGAUGGAGACAAACAGAGUGGGUGAAAGGACUGUCUCCGCAUGCAAGGCUGAAAAUUAAAGGUGUAAUAGAAUUUAAAGUGAAAAGAGGACUCCAGCAAUGUAAGAAAACGACACAUCUCUUGCCUGAGAUCUCAUUGAUUCCAGACAUGUACCUGCAUUCUGAUCAAGUUGCAUUGGUGGGCCAGGUGUUUGAGUCAUACAUCCUACAGCACCACCAAAAAGACAUAAUACAGAUACUUAUGGAAAGUGAUGAAGAUGCCCAUUACUCGGUGGUUGUCAAUGCUAUGACUCUUUUUGAAACAAACAUGGAAGUUGGAGACUAUUUCAAUGCAGUUCCCAAUGAGGUUUUACCAGUGUUUGAUAGUGCUCUGCGGAGAGCAGCCAUGAGUCUUAUUCAGUCCAACUCGCAAGAAGACAACCUGAUCAUGAAGCAGAAUCUGCACGCCAGGAUAACAGGUUUGCCAGUCUGCCCAGAACUAACAAGAGAGCACAUCCCACACACCAGAGAUGUUGGGCACUUUUUGUCGGUCACAGGAACUGUCAUUCGAACCAGUUUGGUAAAAGUUCUGGAGUAUGAGCAAGACUUUAUGUGCAACAAAUGUAAACACAUCAUUACUGUCCGAGCCGACUUUGAGCAGUAUUAUUCCUUCUCCCCUCCUGCUUAUUGUACCAAUGAAGAAGGAUGCAAUUCCAGCAAAUUUACCUGCCUUUCAGACUUGUCUUCUCCAGCCAGCUGCAGGGAUUACCAGGAGAUCAAGAUUCAGGAACAGGUGCAGAGGCUUUCUGUGGGCAGUAUUCCCCGCUCUAUGAUUGUGGUUUUGGAAGAUGACCUAGUUGACAGCAGCAAAUCUGGUGAUGAUGUGACCGUGUAUGGUGUAGUUAUGCAGCGGUGGAAACCACUUUAUGUAGAUGCACGCUGUGAUCUUGAGAUUGUCCUGAAGGCCAACUACAUUUCUGUCAAUAAUGAGCAGCCUUGUGGUGUGGUCAUAAAUGAGGAAAUACGGAAAGAAUAUGAAGAAUUUUGGGAAAAAUUCAAGAAUAAUCCACUAGAAGGUCGGAAUGAAAUCCUAGCCAGCCUAUGCCCGCAGGUCUUUGGUAUGUUUGUGGUUAAGCUGGCAGUAGCCAUGGUGUUGGCAGGAGGUGUACAGAGGACGGAUUCUGCUGGGACAAGAGUGAGAGGAGAAUCUCAUCUUCUACUUGUUGGAGAUCCUGGUACAGGCAAAUCUCAGUUUUUGAAAUAUGCUGUCAAAAUAACGCCAAGAUCAGUUCUGACUGCUGGUAUUGGAUCAACUAGCGCAGGAUUAACUGUAACUGCAGUAAAGGAUUCAGGCGAGUGGAACCUAGAAGCUGGUGCACUGGUCCUGGCAGAUGGAGGUCUGUGCUGCAUCGAUGAAUUCAACAGUAUUAAAGAGCAUGAUAGGACCAGUAUCCAUGAGGCAAUGGAACAACAGACAAUCAGUGUUGCCAAAGCUGGGUUGGUAUGCAAACUAAACACAAGAACCACCAUACUGGCUGCAACAAACCCGAAAGGAGCAUAUGACCCAGAAGAAUCAAUUUCUGUAAAUGUGGCACUUGCUAGUCCUCUUCUCAGUAGAUUUGAUCUAGUUCUGGUAUUGUUGGACACAAAAAAUGAAGACUGGGACAGGAUCAUUUCAUCAUUUAUACUGGAAAACAAAGGAAAUCUUCGUAAGUCUGACAAGCUAUGGAGUAUGGAAAAGAUGAAAACUUAUUUUUGCCUCAUAAAGAACCUGCAGCCUAAGAUAUCAGAAGAAGCGAACAUGAUUUUGAUUCGUUACUACCAACUCCAGAGACAAAGUGAUAGCAGAAAUGCAGCACGUACUACUAUCCGCCUACUGGAAAGUUUGAUACGCCUUGCAGAAGCUCAUGCUAGAAUAAUGUAUCGGAAUACUGUCACUGUUGAAGAUGCUAUCACAGUCGUGUCUGUAAUGGAGUCAUCUAUGCAGGGAGGUGCCCUUCUUGGAGGGGUGAAUGCACUGCACACAGCAUUCCCAGAAAAUCCACGGGAGCAGUACCAAAUGCAAUGCGAGCUUCUCUUGGAUAGGCUUGGUCUUCACAACAUUUUACAAGUAGAACUACAAAGGCUGACAUGGCAACAGAAUCAAGAGUCUAGCCAGUCUGAAAAAAAUAGCCUUAAUAUCUCCAGCGGUCCUGUAGAGGAGGAGGAUCCUGUCCAACCACAUAGUUUACAGCCAGGGAGCUUAUGUGGGAAGGUUGGCUCUGAAACUGCAAGUUGUUCAGCAAUUCAGACUUCAACAGAAAUGACAAUAGGUAGUGAUAAGAAAUGUUCUGAUGUCUCUGAUUCAUUACUAAAGGAAACCCAUGAAAGUAGUCAACAAGCAGGACCUUCAAGAAAGACCAGCAAUGAACAGACAUUGGAUCUAUCUGCAAACCAAACUAGCACAAGUAGUGAUUUGAGUCUCAAGUGGUUUGACUCGAUCUCUUCAGAACAGCAGACCUUAGAAAUGUCUCCAAUUCCGAAAGCUACAGAAGGUUACACAAGUAUCAAAGACCAGCCUGGAAUGCAGCCAGGACUUGUGGAAAUCAAGGAUAGGGAUAAAGGUGUGGUUCCUAAAGAAGCAGAGGGAAAAACACAACCAAGGAAAGAUUCUAGUCCCACAAGAGUAAAUCAGCUGCCAAAUGAAGUCAUUACAGAGCAUGUCUCAAAGAAAUGGCGAAAGUUAAAUAAAAAGUCACUAAAGAAUGCGCUUACUGCAAAGGAAUGUAGGGAAAAUAAUGGUCUCUCAGAAACAGGUCAUUCUAUAUCCAACGGGCCUCUUCAUAGUACACCUGCACGUGGGAAAAAAAGAGGUCUUGGUCAGGUUGAGCCAGAAGAAAGUAGAUCAGAUGCACAGGAUCCAGGCAUGGUUGCCAGAUUAGCCCAGUUAUCCAAGUUUACAUUUAAGCAGAAGACAAAGCUGACACUCUGUCCUGAAAUAGAAAGCAUAAAGGAACAAUCAUCCAAUGUGGGUAAGGAAAACAGAAGUGAAGUGAAAUUGAUAAGAGGAUCCAUAACUAAGGAGCAGAGAGAUUCUGUUCCAAUUAUUCAAAAGGAAGCUAAAGAUUGUUCAGGCGCAGCCACCAUACAAGAAAGACUCCAAGAUACAGCACAUACCAUGAGUAGUAAUCCUGCAUGUUCAGGUGAGAUACAUAAACCAGCAGAUGCUUCACACUCUACAAAGGUGGCAUCUAGUACUCUUGCCAAGCUGGCAACAUUUUCCUUCACAUCAACAUCUGAAAACAAAGCCCCUGAAACACCUGCUGCCCCCUGCAAAGAUGCGCCAAAGUCUGGAGGGAAAAGGAAAUGUUUUCAGCUGGAUCCACCCUCCAGUAAAGCUGCAGUGACAUGUAAAUCUCUCUUUUCCACCACAGACUUGGAUGAUGAAACAUUAGAGUUUGAUUGGAAUGAUGAAGUAAAGUCAUAAUGUCUGAACCUUCUUGGAGAGUGCAUUGUAUCAUCUGUACAGCAGGUGGCAGUGUGGCUGCAUUCUAUUUGUCCAUAUUAAGUAGUCUUCUUUUCUGCUAUUUACUUUUUGCUUUAAAGCCCUUUCGGAGGGAGCUGGCAUUGCUGCAGAGAAUGGUAUCCAUUAGAGAACAGGUCCACCAAAUUGUGGCUGGUGUUUGAAUUAACCUAGUUAUCAAGGUGUAUGUCAGCUACAGUGAUGGUACAUCCUUGUAACAAUCUUUGUAAAUUUGUAUAUAACCUAAUUUUUAGGUGACGUUAUGUACACUUAAUCAAAUUAAAUUACAUUAUUGUCAGUUCGAUAUUGUAUAUUAUAAUACAUUGCACUAUAUUGAGCAGUUCUGCUCACUAAGUCUUUUUCCCUGUUCUUGCAUGGCACUUUGUUUUAGGUAAUGUUGGGUAGAUUUUACUGCUGUGGUUUGCAGUGUUGUUUGUCCAUCAAUAGAAAGCCAUCAGCAAAAUAAUGUAUUUCAUGAGUAACAAAGAUGCUUUCGCCAGAGUUGGUGUGUUGAUGUGUAUAAAUGGCAACAUUUUGGUGCAAUGAGUCUUUCUAAAGUAAGCCAAAAAAAAGGUUGGUCUGAACUUAGCAUAGUAGCACAAACUUACAUGGACAGUGUUAAAAAUGCCUGAUUUAUCAAUCAGCCUUUAACAACUUUAUUAACCACUUGAGGAC